GCGGCGACGACGGGGACGGGGACGCGCGCGUCAGCGGCUUCACUUCUGUCCGGGCAGCGGGGGCUGGAGGUAGUCAGUCAGCGGCUGCCGCUGCUGCUGCGAGGGAGGCGCGGAGGGAGGAAGAAGAGGGCGAGGAGCGCGGGGGAGCGGGUUCAUGACUCAGUGAGCGGCUGCGGCCCCUUUCCAGCCCCGCGCCCGGCCGGAGUCGGGGCGACCCCCGUCGGAUCGUCCCGCAGCCUGUGUCCGGCACCAGCGAGAGAGACGGAGAGACAGAGACCUGCGCUCGCCUGCAGUGCAGCAUCUGCCAUGUCUACGGAGGGGCAGAGAGUUGACGAUAGUCCAAGCACUAGUGGAGGCAGCUCUGAUGGAGAUCAGCGUGAAGGCGUUCAGCAGGAACAAGAAAGGGAGCAGGUUCAACCCAAGAAAAAAGAGGGGAAAAUAUCAAGCAAAACAGCUGCUAAACUGUCAACUAGUGCUAAAAGGAUUCAGAAAGAACUUGCAGAAAUUACAUUAGACCCUCCUCCAAACUGUAGUGCUGGACCCAAAGGAGACAACAUUUAUGAAUGGAGGUCAACUAUACUGGGGCCUCCAGGGUCUGUAUAUGAAGGUGGAGUUUUCUUCCUUGACAUUACCUUUUCACCGGACUAUCCUUUUAAACCACCGAAGGUAACGUUUCGGACAAGAAUCUACCACUGUAACAUUAACAGCCAAGGCGUCAUCUGCUUGGAUAUUUUAAAAGACAACUGGAGUCCAGCGUUAACCAUUUCUAAAGUCCUCCUCUCCAUCUGCUCCCUCCUCACAGACUGCAACCCAGCUGACCCCCUGGUUGGAAGUAUUGCCACUCAGUAUAUGACUAACAGAGCAGAACACGACAGAAUGGCCAGACAGUGGACCAAGCGAUAUGCCACAUAGGAACCUACUCUAGGAUUUGCUGGACCUGUGCAAGCACAUUCACUAAGUGCAUCAAUAGCCCUUCCCUUCAUUUUUAUUUUUUAUUAAAUUUUGAACCAUUUUGUGACAAAAGGUUGUCCUUACUUUCUUUUUUUGUUUUAUUUUAUUUGUUUGGUUUGGUUUUUUUUUUUUGUUCUGUUAACUUGAAAGUUGUUUCCCUCAAAUGUAGACAGGGAAUUUUCGUUAUCAGUGCAAAGAAUGUUGGAUCUGUAAUAGUAUAGAGCUUUGUCACAAAGCUUUGUAUUAAUGUGUGGGUUUUGGUUGUUUUUUGGUUUUUUCUUUCAUGUGGUUUUGGGGAAAACGAAUUCAGAAUUAUAUCUCAUUUCUACUUAAAUGUAGUGUUUAGGGUUAUUUUUUUGUACUGAAGUCUAAUGGUGGGUGCAUGCUACUGGGAACAAGUUUUGUAUAAAAGCUUAAAAUCAAGAAUCACUGUGCAUUACUAAGACUGUGUUUAUCACUAGCCUUCUGUUUCCCACGCAAAAGGCUACUGCAUUGAACAAAUUAAUAUGUAUUUUGAUUUACUUAAAAAAAAAAGAAAAAAAAGUGCUUGUAAAUUUCUUAGGGACCUGCCACUUCUGACUGUGGAUCAGUUGAUGUACACUUGUAUUAUUAAAACACUCAAUAAAACACUGUGGCUGAUAAAUGCA